AUGUUCAAGCCGCUCGGCUUGCUGGCCAAGCUGCCAUGUCCUGAUCACGCACAAGGCGAGUGCGAGGCCAAUCGGGGUCUCUGUCCCUUCUCGCACAAACCCGUCCCUGUCGCUACCGACAACGUGACAGCUGCACCAGCGGCAUCCUCCAGUCGAGUUGGCAUCCAGGGUGCUCUACCACAUCGAAUCAACGCCGCAAGCUCAGCCGCUACUUUAUCCAAAGAUCUGAAGCGUCCCGCUCCAACUGCCUCUCCUGCGCCCGCAAGAGCGAGCAUAAACGGCAGCCAUGUCACGGCUGCUACUUCUGCAUCCGCUUCCACACCACCACUCAAGAAAGCCAAGAACGCAUACACAGCUACCAAACUCUCCGCAGCUCCGUCCUCUGCUGCUUCUGCCUCUACUGCGUCCAAGAGCGCAAGCACCAGCAACGAAUGGUCCCUCGUGGGUCUCCAACCGCCCAAGCUCGGAUUCAAGGAUCAUCCAGCUUCCUCCAAGAUUCCCCUCUCGGCUCGUCAGAACGGCCUGCAAGCUUUCUACAACGGCUUCGUUUCAGCCUACGAGCCUAUUCUGCAGAGUGCCGAUCCAGUCGUAGCAGGGUGCGCGCAGAAGAUGUGUCGUGACCACGCACUCGCGCAAGAACUCGAGCACUUUGGCAAAGUGGACAGACACUCUUACAAGAACAGCUGCAUCACAUUGCUGACCAGUCUCAAGAAGCGAGACAGGCAAGCCCUCGAGGCGGCUGCGACCGCUGCGGCUAACGAGACUCGAUCGCAACAGGGAAGCGGUGAUCUGCACGACAUGGUCCUGAAGGUCCUCGUAGACGACUGCACCGAGACCGGCACCGUUUCUCAGGUGGACGCAAAGCGGAAAGCGGUACAGGAGAGGAGGACCGGCAAGCUGACGAGGGCUAGACUUGAAAAUGCUGCUUUUGUGUGUCCAGUGGAUCAGUUGGAAAAGUACGAAUACACGGCAGUCAUCCCACCGGAAUGGCACGGCGAGGGAAGCAGCAAGCCGGACGCCGUGGGCGAGAUCAAGGAAUGCGAGCGCUGCGGUAAGAAGUACACUGUCGGGGGCGAGAUGAACGAAGCUGGAACGGGUAGAACGGGUCAGGAUGCGAAGGAAUGCGGCUACCACUGGGGCAAGCGACGUUUCGAAAAGGUCAGCGGUCAAAAGGGUCGUGUCCAAAUAUGGACGUGCUGCAGUAGGCAGGUGGGAAGCAGCACGCUCGGCGAUGACAGUUGCUGUUACGGACCGCACGUGUUCAAGGAGACGGCAGGGAUCGACCUGCAUCGCCGAGAAGCCUUCAUCACGACCAAGGAGCUGAUCGAGUCGAUCAAGGACAAGUCGAUCACCACGGCGCCGCUCGACAUUGUAGCACUCGAUUGCGAAUUGAGUUACACCACAGCUGGACUCACGUUGACACGAUUAACGUUGGUGGAUGAGGAAGGGCAGAUGAUCCUCGACGAGCUGGUACGCGCACGCACCGACAUUGUCGACUACAACACGCGCUUCUCGGGCAUCACGCCGGAAGAGUACGAGGAAAAAGCCAUCUUCACGCUCGAGCAAGUGCGCAAGACCAUGGCCCGAUUCGUCGGCGAGGAGACCAUCUUGGUGGGACACGGUCUCGAGAAUGACCUGCGAGCGAUUAGAUUGGUGCAUCACAAGGUGGUCGAUACGGUCAUGCUGUACCCACAUGCUCGCGGCUUUCCGUUCCGUACGUCGCUGCGUGAUCUGACGGCAAGAUAUCUAGGCAAGAUUAUUCAGAACGGAACCAGCCUGGGUCACUCGUCGCUCGAAGACGCGGUCAUGUCUUUGGAGCUGGUGAGGUAUAAGAUGGUCAACGAUCCGACGUCACCAUUUGCAAGCAAGGAAGCGGAAGGCGACGCUGAGAAGAAGGAGAAAAUGACAGGUGUAGCUGUGGAAGGCGGUCGGUCCCCAUCCGCAUCCGCUCCGAGUGACGGCAAGAGUGCACCAGCACCGAAAACGCCGGUUCGCUCGAGCCUGUUUGGGGCUUCGUUGGCAAACGCCAAGGCUCGUUCGAUCUUUCAAAAGUAA